UGGCAGAAAGCCAACUUCGGGAAAGGGGACUGAAUUAUUGUCAUCACGCAAACAUCCACGACUCCCCCCUCUUCUCUCGUUCCUCUUGUUCUCUCCUUCUGUCGCUCCUUUGCGCGAUGACAACGUAGUCUCCUAGCCACUCUGUUCCACAUGUCCUCCAGCAGCGUUGUCGACGCCGUUGGUCGCCGCUCCCCAAAUUUUUGGUCCUACAUACCUUUCACGUCGUCGUCCUCGUCGUCGAGUGGCAAGAGCACGAGACAUCGCCGCGUCUCUUCCGUCGGCCUCCCAAACUACAGCAUCAACAAGUACGAGAGAGACAACCAGGCUACAGGAAACAGCAGCGACGCUGGGUCUUUCUAUGAGCCAUCGACACCAUCAAAAACCAGUAUGAAUCACGGGCACAGGACGCGCUACCUGAAAUGGGGCGGCGUCAUCGCAUUCGUGCUCAUUGUUUUUCUGUACAUGACUCCCAGCGAACGACGUGAGGGCGCUGCUCAUUAUGUGAGCGACCACAUUUCACACAAGGGAGGUUCCAAAGAGGGAGCGCUUGGUCCAGCCGCCAAUGCUGGACGAAGGUGCACGAAAAGCCACGACGGAAAAAAGCCGGUUGUCCAGUACGCGCUGAUGAUCGACGCCGGAAGCACUGGAAGCAGAAUCCAUGUUUACAGAUUCAACAAUUGCGGCAGCACCCCCGAGCUGGAAGACGAGAUCUUCGAGCAGACAGCGAAAAAGGAAGGCGGCUCGGGUCUUUCUUCUUACAGGGAGGAUGCCGAGGGUGCGGCGAAAAGUCUAGACGUGCUCAUGGAUGUCGCGGUGAAGAAUGUUCCAGAUGAGUACAAGGCUUGCACUCCUGUCGCGGUCAAGGCCACCGCAGGAUUGCGCAAGCUUGGUCCCGAGCUGAGCGAUCGGAUCUUGAAAGCUGUGCGCCGCAGACUUGAGACGGUCUACCCAUUUCCUGUCGUCAGCGAGGAGAAGGGCGGCGUCGAGGUCAUGGAUGGAAAGGACGAAGGCGUGUAUGCCUGGAUAACAACAAACUAUCUUUUGGGUAAGAUCGGAGGUCCAGACAAAAAUCCGACGGCGGCUGUGUUCGAUCUUGGCGGUGGAAGCACUCAGAUUGUGUUCCAGCCCACUUUUCCUGACGUGAAAGAUGGAGGCAUGCCAGAGAAGCUCGCGGAAGGAGAUCACAAGUACGAGCUUAGCUUCGGUGGUCGUGAUUUCACCCUGUAUCAACACUCGUAUCUGGGAUACGGUCUGAUGGCAGCACGUGAGAAUCUGCACAAGGUAGUCAUCGAAAGCAUGCAUGCGGAGAAAAAGGAAGACACUGCGUGGCUUUCAGAACCCGUUCUAAAUCCGUGCAUCACUCCGGGCAUGUCUCGCGAUGUGACGGUCGAGCUCGACGCAGAUCAUCCUCUAGGAAAGUCUGUCAAGGUUAAGAUGACUGGCCCCAAGACUGGCGCUCCUGCACAGUGCCGCGCCCUAGCUGAGAAGACGCUUAAAAAGGAUGCUGAAUGCAAGCUCCAGCCGUGUGCCUUUAAUGGCGUUCACCAACCAUCCCUAUCGCGUACUUUUGCUCGCGAAGAUAUCUAUCUGUUCUCCUAUUUCUACGACAGAACCAAGCCUCUCGGAAUGCCCGAAUCAUUCACUCUUUCCGAGCUCAAGGAUCUUGCACAUCGUGUGUGCUCUGGCGAGAGCCAUUGGGACGUUUUCCAUUCAGUACAGGGUGCCAUUGACGAGCUUAAAGGACGCCCGGAAAGUUGUCUGGAUUUGAAUUUCAUGUUUGCUCUGCUACAUACCGGCUACGAGAUGCCCCUCGAUCGCGAAGUGAAGAUUGCUAAGAAGAUCAAAGGGAAUGAGCUAGGUUGGUGUUUGGGCGCAAGUUUACCACUUUUGAGCCAGGAGUCGGGAUGGAAUUGUAGAAUCGAAAAGGUACAGUAGACGUGGCGUAUGUAUUAGUUCCUACGGGAUACUUGUUCGAAGUGAAUGGUUGAUCAUGUGCAUAUGCUGGCGUUCUUUCGGUCGAUUUUCAAGACACAUGAAUAUUUUGAAAGUCAUUGUCUUUCUCGUACGUCAUUCUCGCCCAGAAUAUUACAAUGUUCCGGCUGCGAUUAGGGCGUGCACAGUACGGCUGUCAGAGAGUUCUGCAAACAGGGGGUUAAUAGAUCAUACAGUCACAGACAGGUGUACAAAUGGCUAGAGUAACUACCAGAAUUACACAUAUCCUUGGUUUGCCCAGAAUUACGAAUUUCAAUUACAGC